GGAUCGUAUCGAAUAUGCCGUAACCAUGGAAAUGAAAAUACAUGAAAUGUGAAGAUGCUGUCCUUGCCAGGAACUGAAUAUGACCAUGUAAAAAUACAGUGCAUGGGCACAUCACUAGCAAGAUUUAUAAACCUAAGACAUAUCGACCUUUCACUUAAUGCACUUACUUCAUUGCGGGGGUUGGAAACGCUGGGCCAAUUGGAAAAACUCAAUAUAUAUCACAACAACCUUACUCUACUGAGUGAGCUCUUCAGACUACAUCACAACGCGAGACUGAAUGAGGUUGAUAUCAGAAUGAAUCCUGUUUCGCUAAAUGAGAAAGAUUACAGGCUGUUCCUCAUACAUCUACUGCCAGAUCUUGAACUGCUCGACGACAGCAAAGUGUGGUCCAGUGAGAGAAUGGCUGCACAGCUGUACUUUACAAAGUUUAGUGUUCAACAACCAGAUAAAGGUCACCCAGUUUCGACAGUGGUGCCACCUAGAGUUCGUCUAGUGCAACAAGUCUUACGGUUAACAGCGGAUCCUAAAGGGAGCAUACAACAGCUUCCCUGCUCGGAAGGCUGCAGUGAGCAACACUGUAGUAACUUCAAACCUAUCCAUGCUUCCUACUCUUUAUGCAGAAACAAAGGUGAAGAUUUUCAGGAGCACUCAGAGGCGGUUGGCGGAUCAUUUUUUGGUGCUGCGGGAUGCGGAUCUAUGGAUGCUGAUAUAGUCCGAACAUGUCUGUGUGAGUUGCUCAUUUGCGAGAAUGAAGCGAAGACGGCGCCACUGAGCGGAGGAGCUGCGCCGGAGGCUGACGAAGCACGGUUCGUGCGAGGAGGAUUGCUAUGGCGCGGAAGAAACCCGGAGGCGAUGAGGCCUCGCGAUGGUGGGGAGAAUGCCUUCGUGGCAGAGGCUGCUAUAUUCCCCCUGACAGCGAUGGCGAAUCCGAGUUGGCAGGGGCGUCGAGUCGCGGUCUCGAAAGACACCUCGCGCCGCGUAUGCCGAGAACCGCUCCGUGGCACGAGUGGCAGAGGCUCUCCACAAAACCCAGCCCCGUGCCCCGGUGAGAAGCGCCGCCGCACGUGCAGCGACGCUCAGUUGCAGGCAGUUGUCGCGCGAUCGCACGAGGACGGCAGGAGCAGGAGCGACAAGCCAGCACCUGAGAUAUGA